AUUUUACGUCUACACUUGCGCGAAAGCAAGACUUGCUGUCAUAGAGGUUUUCUUCCUCAAAUUAUUUUAUUCAUUUAAAAAGAGGUUCUUCUCAUAAAAAGUGCCUAUUUUUAUUCGUUAGUGAUUGUAAAAUGUCGUUAAAAGCUUACGAGGAUGCCUGUACUAGGGCUGAAUUGUUCGGCCAGCCUUUGCCUGACAGAGAAGAUUUUUUAUCAAAACAUAAACAUUUGGAUGUCGUCGAAUUUGAGGAAGUUGAAAUUAGAACGGCAGAGAAUACUGCUAUGCUGGAUGACCAGAUAAAGGAAGGCAGUGGAGGUCUCACAGAGUUGAAUACAAUUCUGGAUUCUACGCAGACCAAAAUCAAUAAAUUGAAGGGCGUCUGCGGCACCAUAACAAACUUCUUCCGCGUAAAAAUGUCAGCCAAAGACAACUUAUCAUACUCCAGCGAGCCCAGCUACGUCGGCCAGACAAAUUACGACAAAGACUACAUCCCACCAAGUUCUGACAUAGGCUCCAUCAACCAGGGCCUUGGUCCCGGUGACAACGAAAUGACACCACGCGCGGGAAAAUCAAAACAAAAUGGCGGAGACAUCAACACGGCUUUGGAUGAUUUAAAAAAGAUGGAAGAUCAAGAAAAUUCAGCGUUGUUAGGUAAGGCAGCGGUUAAAGAUAUUGGAAAACAAGUAAAUUCGCAAAUUAGUAAGUUGGAUCAGUUAAUUAAUCAGGCGGAUAGGGCUCAGGCAUCGUUGAAUAGCCAAAACAAGCAAAUGAGAACUUUCUUACGAUAAUUUGUGCCAGAGACAAAUGUUAAAUUUUUCGUCUCGAGCUUUGACUUGCUUGUGGUAUGAAAGGAGUCUGUAUUUAAUCAAGUAAGUUUGGUUUUAGUAGCUAAUUGCAUCAUUGCCACAGUAUAUUUUAUUUAAGGUGAACGUAGAUUUAACUUGACACGCAAAAAGGGGUGUUAUUUUUCAUCUCAAACAAAAAAUCGUGCAUUAUCACUCUAAUUUCGAGCAUCAACAAAAAAUCGUGCUAACAAUAGUGCGUGUUUGAGAACUUUUUUGAUCCGAUAUAAAAUCGUGGGAAGAUUUAAAUUCAGAUAGUUUUCGGUGAAUAAAUACUAAUCUUGUGAUCAGCGACGGUGUUUUUAGGGUUAUCAUAAAAUUACGCAGUAUAUCUGGAAGUGACCAUCUUGAAGAUAAAAGGCUGUUUUGUAUCUGAUGGGAACGACGAAAAGCAUUAGGAAGGUACCUAUGGCAAAAA